AAUCAACCCCUGCUGCUGGGUUCGCUCUCCUUUUCACUCUUUUAUCUCCCCUCCUCCUCUUCCCCUUCUUCUUCUUCUUCUUCUUCUUCUUCCUCCUCUUCCUCUUCUCGACUCUCUGGCAGACUCCUCCGUGGUAGAGACCUACAUUCUUUUCUUCCCCAGUCUUUCAUUAAGCUUGUCUUCCCUGCGAAUUGACUUUGCAGCGUUCGCUCUCUUUCAAGCACCCUCUACUCCUUUAUCAUCCACAAUGCAGCUCACAACCAAGCUCUCCGUUGCCCUUCUGGGGGCCCUGGUGGCCAGCAGUGAAGCCAGCCAUGGCAAUCGCGCUCGCCACAACAUGCUCUUCAACCCCAGGGGCUUCAACGAGACGGCCUCGACCUCCUAUGUGACCGUUUCCCCGACUCCUCUGUACCCCAGCUCUCCUAGCAUCCCCCUCACCACCGGCGUGCCAGCUUCCUCGAGCACUAGCUCCGGUGCUCCUGGCACGGAUAUCACCCUCACCUACACUUUGGGUACCGGCACUACCCAGAGCGUUGUCACCACCACCAUCCACAAGACUUCCACUGCUGUCCAGACCGUUUGGGAGACUCCCUCUGCCACUGACGACGCCAGUGAUGAUGCCACCGUCACCAACACCGCCACCUCUGUCUACACUGUGGUUCCCAUUCCCUCUUCUGCCAGCGUCUCGGGCAGCUGCGGGGCUCCUGUGACUGUGACGGUCACCGACACCGUCACGGUGACUGCCACUCCCUCUGCUACCUACACAGAGCCUGAGAACAACCAGAACUUCCCCACUGCGACUGAAACCGAGAAGCCCAAGCCGACCAAGGGACACCAUCACCACGCUCAGCACUCCGGACACAGCAGCCACGGAGAGGGUGAGGCCCCGGCCCCCACCACCACCAUGGCGCCCCUUCCCCCUUACAGCAACGGCACCCUCCCCAGCCAGAGCGGCGUCGCGAAGCCCACGGGCUUCCAGACCAGCCGUCUGUCGUUCCCAAGCCACUGGCGCCGCCGCAACUAAGCGUGUCGCGCGGGUGGGCACGAUGUGACCAUUUUGUACUGGGAUUCAUUCCGUGGCGAGGGCACGCAGGCGUUGUACCUAUUUCAAUUCUGGUACAAGUUAAAUUUAAAUCCUUAGACUUGUGAUUUCUUUUCUUUUUCUUUUCUUUCGUCCAGCGAGGUACAUCCCGUUGUCUUCCCCCCCCCCCCCCUUUUU